GAACCGCCACCGCGUACGCCGAGCUGCGCCUGAAGCCCAGACCCAACGGGAGCAGCAGAUCAGAGACUUCCGCUUCUGAAAGUGGCAUACACAAAGGCAGUGUCAAUUUUAUGGCGCUGGUCCUGGGGUUCCUCCUGCUCGUCCUGCUGGGUGCCAUCGCCGUGCUGGCCAGGCAACGAACGACCUGCCAGUUGUGUCCUCCCGGGUGGCAGCUACACAGGGGAAGGUGUUACUACUUCUCCGAGGAGGCCGUAAGCUGGGACGACAGCCAGAGAAACUGUCUGGCUAGGAAAUCCCAGCUUCUCGUCAUUGAGGAUGAAAUCGAGAUGGAAUUCAUAGACAAUAAAGAGAAAGAUACCAAAUAUAUCUGGAUUGGGUUGAAGAUUCAAGACAUGGAGAAACAAUGGAGUUCAGCUGAAGGUCCCGGAGCAAAUGAAAACAGGUGA